AUGGUCUUGAUCAAGAGCUUCGUGCUCGCCGCCCUGGCCGCUUCGGCCACCGCUAAAUCCGCUGUUAUCGAGCUUCUUCCGACCAACUUUGACAAAGUUGUGCUCAAUUCCGGCAAGCCUACCCUUGUUGAGUUCUUUGCCCCCUGGUGUGGCCACUGCAAGACUCUGGCACCUGUUUAUGAGGAUCUUGCCUUCUCCCUCGAGUAUGCCAAGGACAAGGUCCAGAUCGCCAAGGUCGAUGCCGAUGCGCACCGAGAGCUGGGCAAACGGUUUGGUGUCCAGGGCUUCCCUACCCUCAAGUGGUUCGAUGGAAAGAGCAACAAACCCCAAGACUACAAGUCGGGUCGCGACCUGGACAGUCUGACCGACUUCAUCGCCGAGAAGACUGGUGUUAAGCCCAAGAAGAAGCAGGAGAUGCCCAGCGACAUUGUCAUGUUGAACGAGGGGUCUUUCAACGAGGUUGUUGGUGGAGACAAGCACGUUCUGAUUGCCUUCACUGCGCCGUGGUGUGGACACUGCAAGACCCUCGCUCCCACCUGGGAGUCCCUCGCGACCGACUUCGCCAACGAUGAAAACGUUGUGAUUGCCAAAGUCGAUGCCGAUGCUACCCAGAACAAGGCCUGGGCCAAGUCCCAGGGAGUUUCCGGAUACCCUACGAUCAAGUUCUACCCUGCUGGCACGAAGGAGGCUGUUGACUACAAGGGCGGCCGGAGCGAGAACGAUUUGGUCAAGUACAUCAACCUCCAGGCUGGAACUCACCGAGUCACUGGUGGAGAGCUUGAUUCUGUUGUUGGCACCCUUGAGGUCCUGGACACUCUCGUUACCAAGUUCAUCAACGGUGGCGACCUUGCCAAGGUCACCGCUGAGGUUGAGAAGGCGGCCAAGACACUCAAGGAUGCCGCCGAGAUCAAGUACGCGGAGUACUACGUUCGCAUCUUCGAUAAGAUUAGAAAGACUGAGGGUUACGUUGCCAAGGAGCUUGCUCGCCUUGAAGGUAUUCUGGAGAAGGGUGGCCUUGCCGGGUCCAAGCGCGACCAGAUCCAAACCAGGACCAACGUUCUUCGCAAGUUCGUUAAGGAGGAUGAGGAUGUCAAGGAUGAGUUGUAA